GCCGGGCCGGGGGCUCCCCGGAGGCGGGGCCGGGCCGGACCGGGCCGCUCCGAGUAGCGGCGCGCGGGCUGGAGCCGGUCGGCGCGCCUGUGGAGCGCUGGGGGCGGCCCGGGGCUGAGCAUGGAGCAGCGCGGUGGAGGUUUCCCUGGAGGCCCUUGGCCAGGCCUGAGCCUCUGCUGCCAUGGCCAUUGUGCAGACGCUGCCAGUGCCACUGGAGCCCGCUCCUGAGGCCGCCACUGCCCCACAAGCUCCAGCCAUGGGCAGCGUGAGCAGCCUCAUCUCAGGCCGGCCCUGCCCUGGGGGGCCGGCUCCUCCCCGCCAUCACGGUCCCCCUGGGCCCACCUUCUUCCGCCAGCAGGAUGGGCUGCUGCAGGGUGGCUAUGAGGCACAGGAGCCGCUGUGCCCAGCUGUGCCCCCCAGGAAGGCUGUCCCUGGCACCAACUUUACCUACGUCAAUGAAGACUUCCGGACAGAGUCACCCCCCAGCCCAAGCAGUGACAUCGAAGAUGCCCGAGAGCAGCGGGCACGCAAUGCCCAUCUCCGCGGUCCCCCACCAAAGCUCAUCCCUGUCUCCGGAAAGCUGGAGAAGAACAUGGAGAAAAUUGUGAUCCGCCCAACAGCCUUCAAGCCAGUGCUGCCCAAACCUCGAGGGGCACCAUCCCUACCUAGCUUCCUGGGUCCUCGGGCUGCUGGACUGUCAGGAAGCCAAGGCAGCCUAACGCAGCUGUUUGGGGGCCCUGCCUCCUCCUCCUCCUCCUCCUCCUCCUCGGCUGCCGACAAACCCCUGACACUGAGUGGCUGGGCCAGCAGCUGUCCAUCGGGAACUCUAUCCGACUCCGGCCGAAACUCACUGUCCAGCUUGCCCACUUACAGCACCGGGGGUGCAGAGCCAGCCACCAGCUCCCCAGGCGGGCACCUGCCUUCCCACGGCCCUGGGCGGGGGGCAUUGCCUGGGCCAGCCCGAGGGGCCCCCACUGGGCCCUCCCACUCAGACAGCGGCCGAUCUUCCUCCAGCAAGAGCACAGGCUCCCUGGGGGGCCGCAUGGCCGGGGGGCUCUUGGGCAGCGGUCCCCGGGCCUCCCCUGACAGCAGCUCUUGUGGGGAACGCUCCCCGCCACCGCCUCCACCCCCUCCACCCCCUUCGGACGAGGCCCUGCUGCAUUGUGUCCUGGAAGGAAAGCUCCGAGACCGGGAGGCAGAGCUGCAGCAGCUGCGGGACAGUCUGGACGAGAGCGAGGUGUACGAGGAACGGCAGCGGCACUGGCAGCGCGAGGCCCUGCGAGAGGACGGCAUGGCCCAGGCGCAGCGGGCGCAGCGGGCCCAACAGCUGCUGCAGCUUCAGGUGUUCCAGCUGCAGCAGGAGAAGCGGCAGCUGCAGGAUGACUUUGCACAGCUGCUGCAGGAACGUGAGCAGCUGGAGCGGCGCUGCGCCACCUUCGAGCGGGAGCAGCGGGAGCUCGGGCCACGGCUGGAGGAGACCAAGUGGGAGGUGUGCCAGAAGUCAGGCGAGAUCUCGCUCCUGAAGCAGCAACUGAAGGAAUCUCAGGCAGAGCUGGUGCAGAAGGGCAGCGAGCUGGUGGCCCUGCGAGUGGCGCUGCGGGAGGCCCGGGCGGCACUGCGGGUCAGUGAGGGCCGGGCACGGGGCCUCCAGGAGGCGGCCCGAACACGGGAGCUGGAGCUGGAGGCCUGUUCCCAGGAGCUGCAGCGGCACCGCCAGGAGGCUGAGCGGCUGCGGGAGAAAGCUGGGCAGUUGGACACCGAGGCGGCUGGCCUCCGGGAACCCCCUGUGCCUCCUGCCACUGCUGACCCGUUCCUCCUGGCAGAGAGUGAUGAGGCCAAGGCACAGCGGGCAGCAGCCGGGGUUGGGGGCAGCCUGCGGGCCCAGGUGGAGCGGCUCCGGGCGGAGCUACAGCGGGAGCGGCGGCGAGGCGAGGAGCAGCGGGACAGCUUCGAGGAGGAGCGGCUGGCCUGGCAGGCGGAGAAGGAGCAGGUGAUCCGCUACCAGAAGCAGCUGCAGCACAACUACAUCCAGAUGUACCGACGCAACCGGCAGCUGGAGCAGGAGCUGCAGCAGCUCAGCCUGGAGCUGGAGGCCCGGGAACUCGCGGACCUGGGCCUGGCGGAGCCAGCUCCCUGCAUCUGCCUGGAGGAGAUCACUGCCACCGAAAUCUAGGGCCUUGGCAUCCAGCUCUGCGGGGAGGUCUACUGAAUGCAGAUGGUAGCCUCAGAUCCACUGAGGGCCCCGAAGUCGGAGGGCCCCAGGGCCACUUGUCCCCUGUGAUCCAGGCCUCUGGGCCUCUUUCAAGGACUCAGGGCUGCCCUGUGAUUUGGAUGAGCAAGAUCAGACUCCUUGAAGGUCCCUGUGUUCACUGUCACCCCGAGGCUCCUACUCACUCAGCCUAUUUCACUCACCAACUACUGCCAUUGCCACUCUGCCAACCCCGUUCACCCCCAGCAUUCCAGCCCACCCAGCCAGGGGGCUGGGAAGAGGAAGGGGCUCCCUCAUCUCCACAUUCUCCCCAUCACACAGCCAGAGCGAGCCAAACAGCGCCAGCUGCUCCAGAUGUGCCUGCCCCCACCCUGCCCGUUUUGGGGGACAGGGCUGGGAGCGGGGUCUGAUCCCCAGGUUCCAGCUCUGCAGCCUCUCUCCUGGGGUAAGGGGGCUAUAGUCAGACCAAAGGAAGAACUCAGAAAUGUCUUGUUUAUUUGUAUUUGUGACCAAGUGGCCCCUCCCCAACACCCAGGUUUAUGGCCUUGUUUUCACUUGUAUAUUUUUCACAUUGUAAAUUUCUUGUACAAACCCAAAGAAAAAAAUUAAAAAAAAAAUUUUUGUUUUUAGAAAAUGAUGAGUGUGCUG